GUCCUCAUCACCAGUUUGCCUACAUGCUCUUGCGCUCUGGAGACGUGAUAUUUUUCCCAAUCUAAAGGAACCGAUUUCCCGUCGCAGCAUCAUUGCAGGAUUAUAAAAUCGCCUUUCCAGGAUUUCAGCAUCGAAUAUGCGUUUUAUAAAACGUGCUAGAUAACCUGCCAUAUUAACACGCGUGUGAUUAAUGUGGCAGUCGCGGCUGUUUGAUGGUUCUGAAUGCGCUUUGAAGACGCGUCGCGUUAAAGUUUCGAUGCUGCCUCGUCGGCUCACAUAAUCCGCAACAUAUUGGAGAGACAACCUCGUUCUAAGGAACUGGAAAGGAUAGAUCAAAUGUCUUUUUCGGGACCUUUCGGCCUAUUGCUGAAUUUAUCUCUAGCCAGAUGGCCCCAAGAAAUGCGCAUAACAUUUUCUACGUUUUGGGCUCCGAUAGCGGGAAUGGCAAGGCUGGAACCCAAGGCAUGUCGGAAUGGAUAGGCUUGUCCUUGUGUUCUACCACUGGACGAAAAUGUAUUGACCUGGAAGGAGUGUGGACCAAGUUGCUUUUAUCUGUCGGAAUUACAUUGCUCCUGGUGCCGUCCAUUUUUGCCCUAGACGAUGAUGGAAGGCUUGAAGCAUCAGGACACCCCCUCAGCCCUUCCCAGCAUCCAACCGGACCUCCAAACAUCACUGUAUCUACAGCACCGCUGGAGGAAGAUUUUGCCUCGCAGUUACACUCCCCACCAGCAGGGGCAGACAGCGCGAGGGAGCAGCCUGUGUUCUCCUCAGUGCAGACCCUGCAGGUUGCAGAGACACUGCCUCAGGCGCUGGUGCAUUCUCUGCCCUCCCCACCCGGCAACAGUGACAAUCGCACCAAUCAAAAGUCCCCCGGGGAGCCGGCCGACAGAAUGCCGAAGCCCCAGUCCCCAGCACAGAAAAUCAACAGUGUCUUGACCACUAGCUCAGACGGGACCCUCGGCGAAUUCCCCAGGAACCCUGAUCUGCCCACCGCCCCACUAUCCUCUUUCACGACCCUGCCAGAGAUGGACGCCCCUCUCACCGACAAUCUCACAAUGCGACGUCCCUCUCACAAUGCGACAACUUCCGUCUCCGUUUCCUCUUCACUGCUUAACGUCACCUCUCCUGAAAGCUCUGGAAAUGGCCCGACUGUCGCGUCGACACUAAGCAACUCCCACACUGUGUUCGGUGAAAGUCUCCAGCUCACCACGGUGACCGUCACAACUGUCACGCCCUCAGCUGUGACAUCACUGACUUUGACUCCGCCCACCAUAGUUUCCACGGUGAAAGAGGUCGUGACUGCCGCGCCGACCACCACAACCACCAAAAUGACGACGGCCGAGACGGAACCACCUACAACCACAACCACCACCACUACCACGACUCCGCCCACCACCACCACCACAAAAGUAGCACCGACCACCACAACCACCUUAGCACCCACAACAACAACAAGCCCUCCUCAAACCAUCACAUUAUCUACCUCUGGAAGCACAACGGUGGAACCGAGCACUCCUCCAACCGACAGCUCGGUUUUGUCUUGUAAUGUGACUGAAAGAUUAUGGGUAAAAACAGUAUUGUCCAUCCAGAUGAGACGAAACAGGCUAGAAAACGGAAUGAGACAGAACCUGUCUAAAGGCUUCACGCAGGCGCUACAGAGAGCGUUCAACGACAGCAACAUCCGUGUUCAGUUAGAAAAAGAUAUCUGCACCCCUUCUAAUGUGACUGUGGGCUACUAUGUCUUGAGAGGGAACACCGUGAUCAUAACGUCUGUUGUUAUGGACACCUUGUCGUUUUAUGGCUUUGACAAGCUAUUGGAUAACAUCAGAGAGUAUGUUCCUGUGGUUUUGGCCAUCCCCAAACCAAUAUCCCCCUGGAUGCCCAGCCUUGGUGUCCACCUGCAACUCAAAACAGUUCUUAGGUUUGUCGGGCCAUCCGAUAACAUCAAGUCUUGCGGUUUCAUCCAAAUGAUGGAGCAGCGGUUGGAAAAUGUGUUCGCUGAGGCACAGGAGAAAGUGGAGGACUCUUACGGGACACUUUCAGUUGAGAUUCUGAACACAUAUCAGACUGGGAAUUCAUUGGCAGUUACUCUGGUGUAUAUAGUGUGGAAUGGCAGCGCUCCUCUGAACGGUACCGCUGCUAGCGGCCUGCUAAACCAGCUGACUGCCGAGCUGGUGGGCUACUUUCUCUUUUUCCCCCCACUGAUCAUCGCUGAGCCUCUAGAGUACCAUAACCUUAACACUUCACUAGCAACCAGAGAUUACUGGGUAAUCACAGUAAUUCAGGACGUUGACAGCUCUUCUCUUGAGGGGAGUUAUCAGAGCUUCGCUAGCCUAAUGGAGCAAAGGCUGGCCGAACUCUUUCUGGUGGCAAGUCGACACGGCCUUCGCUUCAGGAGAGCCGCAACCAUGGCCGAUUACACAGUCCAGGACACAAAGUGUCUGUGUCUCAUACAGAUGGUCAGCAUCCGGCGACUUCCUGGUCCGAAGAAUCCCGCUGAAAUGACCUACUACGUACAAAUAGAUGGUUCUCCUAUAACAGGCACCUCUGCGGCUAAAACCCUAAACAUGGUGGACUCUCAGACGAUGGCUCUCACGUUGGGCUACUUCGUCCAGGUUCAGGCAGAACCGGUAGUGAAGAGUUCACCUAGUAACCUCUGGAUACUAGCAGUCCUCAUCCCAGUGUCCCUAGUCAUGGUCGUGGUGGUCAUGGCGGUUGCCAUCAUUUGUAGGAGAAACCGAACCGUCUUCAAGACCAGCGCGUUUCGCAGUUUCCAUCCCCGCACCAAGACCUCAUAUCGCAGAGAUGGAAGUUAUCACCACCAGCCCGUGCAGGGUUUCGACUAUGCCAAGCAGCACAUGGGCCAACAAGGUGAGGAAGGUGGGCUCACUGUUACCAAGGAAACACUCGUCCUAUCCCUGCCGGUACGGGACGCUCCUCUCACGCAGGACAGGGCGUUACAAGAUGGGACAGCAUCGAAAAGACCCCAGUCGACAGAGAUGCACCUCAGCAGGUUGCCAAGCGAGGACGGGUCUCUUUCGAGCAACGAAUCCGGGAAGCUCAACAUGGGAAGAAGCUCCACAGCUCGAAGAUCCACAGCACAAAAAGUGCCCAAAGAGGAACAACACGUAAGAAAUGACCAUUAUGACUCUCUAACCGGCUCUUUACGACUCAUCACCAUCAAGCCUAUGGCUGCCCCCCUCAACUAUUCCUAUCCGGACUCCUCCAAUCACAGCCAGGACUCUGUCAUGAUGAAUGGAGAUGUUAACAUAGGGCUAAAGCAGAAGUCAGACAUCGAGCACUAUCGCAAUAAGCUGAGGUUAAAAGCCAAGAGGAAAGGCUACAGUGAUGGUCCGGUCACCAGCAGCAGUGGGAGUGGCAGCAGUCACAUGUACAGUCAUCGAGACAGACUGAGACGUGAGAAUGCUUCCCUGGACCUGGAGGAUCUGCGGGGACCGACCGAGGACAGAAAGCCCUCCACUUACGUAAAGUACCGCCGGAGUGAUUCUCACAGGGAACCUGCAUAUUGGAGCAGGCAAUCUCUGAACACCCCGAGCCCAGUGGAGACAGAGAUGGACAUGUUAGUCAUGAGAGAGAGAUCCAGGAGGGGCAUCCGCAACAGCGGCUACGAUGGUGAACCCGAGCCGUUCGAAGAAACAGAUGUGGACCGCCUUCUCAGUUCUCUGGGUUUCGGAGGUGGCCACCAGGUCAAAGGUCACUCCGACUCGUCCACUCUGAGCUCCCAGCCGUCCAUUGAUGAAGUGAGACAGCAGAUGCAUCUGCUCUUGGACAACGCUUUUGGCCUGGCCUCCGCCGAGCCUGCACCAAGCAACCACCACCACCAUCACCACCACCCUCACAGCGCCUACAACCCCAGCCACGGCAGCCCCUACAUGGAUGGAGUUACCAGCGCGCCCGGCACUAUGAACCACCCCAAUGGAGCUCUUCAGCGGGGCUCCUCGUUUGGGCCGGAUAUGCACCAGUGUAGCCUUCCCAAACCAGGAUUCAGGUUUACCCAGCUGCCUGAUAUGGGUUUGGGGUCCCCACCUCCCCUCAUCCCCCCAAGAAGCGGAGCCCCACCUGGAACUUCACUAAGACGCUCCACACCUGACAUGAGUCUAAAGCCCCGGGUCUCAGAGGCCUCUGAGAUAAGUCAGCACAAUGGCACCCCAUACCUGCCCAUCAACCGAGCUCCGUUCCCGGCUGUUACCGUCGAUGAGUCAAUGACAACCUACUCAGGAAACCCGAUGACAGCAGUAUACGCCAUAUCUGCCAACCGCCCCGGCUACUCUGAUUACUUCGUCCUGUCUCCACCAUCCUCUUACCGGAGUCCGUCCUGGAUGUCCUACCCUCCAGAGCCAGAGGAUCUUCCACGGCAGUGGAAUGACACGGUAAAGAACCAAUGUCACCUGGAGACCAUCUGCUGAAAUGGAUUCAAAUGUGAUGUUUAACAGACACAGAAAGGGGUGCUUACCACCAAAAAUAAUUGUUGCCUACUCUGAAUUUCGGAUUCAGAAGCCCCAGCUAACCUCGGCGGUCGGCUGAACAGCCAACCAGACCCAUGUGCCACAAAUCCGCCUGCCGGUCUUAGCCAGAUGCAGCACCUGUUAUUACCUAACAUCCCUAGUGAGGGUCAAUCACAACCUGACGCAAACAGGUUCCCUCACUGGCCAAAACUGUGUUUUCUUAAAGCUUUUUCAAAUUGAGAAACAAGAUGUUGUAUCUUAUGCAGGUGGUUUUAUGCGUUUCCAACAACGAGUUGCUAAUAAUUGAAAACUUAACCACAUUUUUUCUGUCUUGGGCUAUUCUAGCUUCAUUAAUGCCUAUCUGUGUCUUUUGCUCUCAUUCAUGCAUUUUUAACGAAAGCAGCGAUUAUGUUUGUGCACUCUGUAUGGCUUACUUCAAAAUAACGAUUGAAUGAUGUAAAAGAAACAUUUGGAGGGAUGUAACAUCCUGUACUGUAUCUACUGUAGUCACAACAAACAUAGUGCUUUUUCUCAAGAAUGCCAUAGUUUAUGCUGUAUUAAAGUGUUUCACAAUGCAGAAGCGAUGAAAGGCACGGACUGCGUUUUGAAAGUUUAGUCGUGGGAAGAGAGCCAUAGUUUAGUUGAUAAGUACACUGGAAAACUAGUUAACAAAGCCAGAUGCCAGGAUGAUAGGGCUUGGCUUUUCAAAGGGAUUUGUAUUUUUACUAGCCUUUUUGUAAUUACUUAAAAAAUAACUAAAACGAAUAUUUCUAUUUUAUUGCUGUAUAGGUACCAAAACAUAUAUUUCGGAAAUUAAAUAUUGAGUAUUAUAUCUGUUAUAUCAAUAUACAGCAUACACCAAAAUUCUCCAAAUUGACUUCCGAUUAGAAUAUAUUGCAUAUAGAUCAAAUUCAUAAUAGUAGCAAGUAGCAUAAUUUAUGAUGAAAUAAUCUCUCAGUUGUAAGAAGUACAGUGUUACAAGUGUAACACGUGGCAUGUGUUCUUAAGAGAAUGGUUCUAGUGCAUGUAGUCUGGACAUAUGAAUAUUAAGGGCUUUGUAUGUGAAGCAAGUCCCAUAUUUUCUUUGGGCAGUUAUAGAACGGAAUAUUGUAUAAAAACAGACAUACACCGCAGAAGUAUUUCAUUAAAUAGUUGCUGCCUGUCAAUGUACUUUUUUGUUUCAGGCCAUUCGCAUAUGAAAUGUCUUUUGAUGACAUCUUCAGAUUAUGAAGAUUGCAAAAGCAUUACAUGAUGUGUUGUGUAAAUUGUUAGAAAUGCCACUACUGUUUGAUUUUUGUUGAAAUGAACGUGGUCCUUUUAGUUUGGUGGUGCGGGGAUGUGCAAAUAUAUUAACUCGAAUCACUUUAUUGUUCCUUUUUAAAGUGUUUUCUUUUCAUAUUUUUAUAUUAAUUGAAUCACCCUUUUGGCCAACAACUGAGGACAUUCUGCUCAAAUUGUUUCCAAUGUAAAAUAUUGUGCUUCAAAUGUAAAACAAAGAAACAAACGGAAAAAAAAUCUAAGCAAAACGAAAAAAAGCCUUGUUGUGAAGUUAUGUGAGAAAAUUGUGUAGUAUUCAUUAUGUGUACUUCAUCAUAACAAAUGAGAUGUCGACAUUUUUUCCCGCUUAUACAACACUAAACUUCAGAUGUACUGUAUAUUUCCCUUUGUUACUGUACAAUGUUUGUUUUAAAUGGUAUACUGUUGUUUUUCUUGCUAAUUCUUUUCCUUAGCAUAAUGUAAAAUAACCAUCGUUAUAAUGGUUUAACACUUCAAAGGACUCAUUUUUGUGGGUUAAACACUGAAUCAAAUCUAAUAAAAACUAAGAAAUAUUUGAUCAUGAUAAAAAAUGAUACACAUGUCUGAA